AUGGUCGACAUUGUUCGAUGUCUUCCUAACGAUGAAGUGUGUUUGAAUUAUGGUCUCGAUCCAAAGAACACCUCAGUUUACGCAGACUACACGAUAAGCGGUUUCGUGAGUUCGUGUGAACAUGGAUUUGGGCGCAGUACCGCUGAUCGUCAAUUUGUGUACGUAAACAAACGUCCAGUUGGUACGCAUAGAUUUGUCGAGUUGUUAAUGAAGUCUACCAACAAUAUAAUCGAUACCAAUAUCCUACCCUUGUACUUAACAUCGAAGUCCCACCAAGUAUAUAUGAUCGAUGUCAACGUUACGCCCGAUAAACGAAUGGUAUUUUUUGAAAGAGAAAAGGAGUUGUUGGCCCUUAUUCGCUCGUCGCUUCUCGCCACUUUUCAUCCUCUUCUUGGUGCAUACACUUCUGUAGAGGAUAAUAGAAGUAAAGAUCUCGAGAAUUUUCCCGGUCCUUCCAACUCCAAUUCGAGCACUCCGCUAUCCUCACAUAGCGACCUAUUUUCUGUAUUGAAAGCAAAUUCAGUGAAGGCUUCUUCGCCCGUAUAUGGUGGUCCAACGCCCAAGAAAUCAAAAACUGACGGCUCCAUUUCGGCUUCCAAGGCGUAUAAAGUGCCUGGAAUGGAAAGAAAUAUCGAGGAAACUUCUAACUUCGAUGCGCUUCUAAUCGUAUCGGACGAUGAAGAAACAGAAGGAGCAAGUCCAUGUAUUCCUCCCUUUCAGACUACAACGGACCUAGCGAAGACAUUGGACGCAUUCGCGUUCAAACCUAUACCGAAAGAGAACUCUUCUUCUGCAAAAGUUGCCCAACCAUCAAUUUGCUCGAAGGGAGAAUCUGAAAAAUUAUUCGAAGAGUUCUGUCACGAGAAAAAAGCUUUCGGUCCAUCACUAAUGAGAGAUCUUUCACGUGGAUUUGAAAACAACAUUGAGAAGGAUAGAGUAGCCAUCGAGAAAAUGGAAACAACGAUGGAUCAAGAAGAGCACAGCGUGAUGAUCCGAAAGGAGAACGAUGUGGAAGCAUCAUGCAUCACGAUUACAACGGAAAAUGUAGAAAAUUCGGGUAGUUUCUUGCGACCACAACAAAAGAUACCCUUCUCCAUGGCAGCUCUAAGGAAGCGACUAAAUAGUUUGCGCGAUGCAAAGGCCAAAGAGCAACAAGCAAGCCAAGUAGUGGAAUUUCAUGCUGGGUUAAGCCCUGCAGAGAAUGAACUCGCCGAGAAGGAACUCGACCGCACACUCAAGAAAUCAGAUUUCGCUCAAAUGUCUGUGAUUGGACAAUUCAACAAAGGGUUCAUAAUUACUCGAUUGCGCAAUCAUUUGUUUCUUGUUGAUCAACACGCCAGCGACGAGAAAUACAACUUUGAACGCUUUCAAAAGAAGGCGCGCGUGGAGACGCAGCGACUGAUACAGUGA